AUGAAGCUCAUCGGUUUUCUUCUCUUCCUUCUCGGCCUCGUCACCGCUGGAGUUGUCCGCACUCCCACUGAGACUGCCACCCUCACCACUGAGGCUACUAUUCCCGCUGAGGCCGCUACCCUCAUCACCGAGACCACCACACCUGUCGAGGUUACUACUCCCGUCGCUACCCCCGACGCCUUCGUCGCCAAGGGUGAGAACUUGGCCUCUUGCAACAUCCAGUGCGCCUUCUGGUACCAGAAGUGCUACUACCGCCCCUGGGGCUACACCUGCGAUGACAACGGUCUGUUCCGUCGUCGCGGAUGGAACCCUGACUGUGAAAAGAACUGCUGGUGCAACUGUGAUUCCAAGUAA